GCGUCGACCGGCAGUCGAAUUUACAACCUCCACGGGGAAGGUCUCGUAAGCAGGAGUUUUUUUCAUUUUUCAUCAAAGAAAAAACCUUUAAUAAUAUAACAAACUCCCUCGGCACGAAAAUUUAAUUUUCAUUCCUACUUUUUAUUUCACUUAUAUAAACAUACUUUUUAUCUCAAAAAAAAUAAAUAAAUCAUUUUUUGUGAUAUAAAAUUCUAUUCAUUACAAAAAAAAAAAAUUUUUUUUUUUUAUCAAAAAGUUUCGGCGGAAAACAAAAUAAUAAUUGUGGGGUUUAAAUUAUAGUACAUCAUGGAAAUCAUGAGUGGAAAAUAAUGGAUUCAAGACAAAUCCUCAUAAUAGAAAGUUCAUAGGUUAGGGAAAAGUUUCAUGAAGAAAACUUUUACUUUACUGAAGUGGUGUGAAGAUUGGUCAGUGUGAAAUCGAUAUUAUUGAGAAGAGCAUGGACCUCGUAUAUACGCAGGAAAGUUUCUUAAUUGAAAAUCAAUGAAAGACUUGCUUGAAUUGAAGGCAAUUUGAUAUAUAUAUACAAUAUAAAAGGAUAGGAGAAGAGAAAAUUACUAAGUAACGUUCCUGUGAUAUUACCCUCAGUGUGACGAAAACGUCUGGCUGAUAACUUAAAGCGACGUCGUCGACGAAGCACUUUCGGUUCGAUAAGUAUAUUGGGAUGCCCCGACGAGGCUUGGGUGACACGUGAUGUCUCGCUGGUGUUGCUAUUGGUUGUGGUGCUGUUGUUAUUGUGGAAAUUCAAACAACAGUGGUAGUAGUGGUAGUACGGGAUUUGGUAUAACAUCGGGAAUUUCAGCUCUACUUUCAUUGAUAGUUGUCACAGGUGCUAUCUCAACUGGUGAGUGGUUACUGACGGAAGAGAAGUUACCGAGAUCACCAUCCGCAAACUCAUCCGUUGAGCCAGAUAGUCGACUAACAUAUAGCGGACUUUGGAAAUUUUGCGUUGCCAUAAGCUCUCGUAUGGAGUACGAAUGUUCAGGAAUUGAGUACUUUCCAAACGAGGAAUACAGUCCAGAUUUAACUGAUUCCACAAUGGCAAUACCAUACGCCGUUACAAAGUCGGCAAUGUUUUUCUUUGCGGCAACACUACUACUGGUGAUUGCCGAAGUUUGCUACUUCGCUACACACGUUACCCGUCCAAAACCGAGACUCUGCGUAUUCGUCGCCGGGGUGGUUUUCAUAGUUUCUGGUCUCCUGAUGCUUGUUGGCAUGGUAAUGUACAUUUCCGUUUUUAAGGCUGAAGUGGGAAGCAAGCUCAGGGCAAGAUCCUCUUUUCAGGGACCACCUUUUAGCUACAAGUACGGUUUCUCAUUUUUACUCUACGUUAGUGGAUUCGUCACAACGGAAGUAGCUGGAACAUCUGCUAUAUUUCUAUACAUUUCCUGGCAUCAGCGAGAGCUCGUGAAUGACAACUCGAGGCGUAAAAAUUACGCGGGAGUUUAUCAUUUGGAUAAUCAUCUUCAACAUGGAAAUUAUCAUAAUCAUGGACACACUGGAUUUUUGUGUGAGAGACAUCAAAAAAGGUAUUUUUUUGGAAAAGAUUCAGUGGAUCAAGUUGAUUUUGAUGAAUUUCUUCCACCACCACCAAGUGUUGAUUAUCAUGAAUACAGCAGAAAUCUUCCUCGUGAUCUUACAACACAAACGGUCAGUACGACCGCAGAUGUAUUACAAGAGGAAUAUAGUCCAAGUGUUCAUCAUGAAUUUGUAACAUUCUCCCUCGAAGAACCUCUUCCGCCCAUGCCAGUCAGAUCGGAGUGGCCCCUUGACACUCUGAGAAGAACAACCCCCGUCUGAUAUAGUGUCAGAUACGCGAAGCUUAUACAAGGCUUCGAGACAGACUCGAGCGACGAGCAAACUGAAGAUGAAACUGAAAUGCAGAACGAAGAUAAUUCAGCUCAACAGGAAAAUUACGAUUUUGAUUCUGAAGAACGACAAAAACUCUGUGACCAGUGAAUCAGUGUGACUAAAACUAAAAAAUAGAUUUCAAAUCUAAGUGAUUUAAAACUCGUAUCGAGAAGAAAAAAAAAGACUGAUUUUUUUAAAGAAAAAAAAAUCUUUUAAUAGAAAUAUCUAUUAUUUAAAUAUGAAAAAACAAUUGGCCCAUUAAAAAAAAGAGCCCGAAAGACUGAAUCUGUUAUUUGAUACUAAAAAGUUAUUUUUUAAUAACUUCUGUUUUUCGUUUUUUUUUUUUUUUUUUGCUCACUUUUCUAAAGCAAAAAAAGAAAAUAAUAAUAAAAAUAAAUUCAAAGUCCAAUAAUAAAAUCUCGUUGGUUGGCCAAAGGCGAGUUCCGAAAAUAUUUUCAGAUUAGCUCGAUUUGCCAACAUAAAUAAUACGAAUAUUCCAAUUCGUUGGUCCACUUUAUCAAUGGCGAAAGUAAAUCAAAUUUUUAAAUUACUUUUAGCUCAGAAUUCAACUGAAAAAGUAAUGUAGUAUAUAUAUAGUAAACAUACGUUUACAUGUUAAAUGGAAAUCAACAGUAUUAAAAAAUUGUUUAUUAAAACUAUUUCUCGUUUCAGGGAAAAAGUAUUGCAACAAUUAAUAGUAAUUUAGAAUUUUUUUUUCAAAAUAAAUAUAUUAUAAUUUUAUUAAUUCCUCUUUUACAUUUAUC